GUACACCGGACUUUGGAGGUUAUACAGCCUCCUGACGCAACAAAUCAUAAGGACCGCCUGGACGGGGCAACUGGCCGCCGGCCGCCGAUCUUACUACGGGCAAACUAAACCUUUCCACCCUCGCUGGCUGCCCCUCCUCAAACACCCCGCCUAGCUAUUAUUAUUAGUUCUCCUUCUCCUUCUCUCCUUCUCUUUCUUACUUCUCGUCACUCCUCUUUCUGCAUUUUCCCUUCAUACGUAUCAUAUCGUCAAUUGCAACAGGAAAAAUGGCUGCUGCUCAGGGAUACCCUUUUCUGUGCUUGGAGAACCCUCUCCUAGAUAUCCAAGCCGUCGGUGAUGCCGCUCUUCUGGAAAAGUACGGUCUUAAGGACAACGAUGCCAUCCUUGCCGAGGAGAAGCACAUGGGGCUAUACGAUGAGCUCCUUAGCCGCGAUGCUAAGCUAAUUGCUGGCGGUGCCGCUCAGAACACCGCCCGCGGUGCCCAGUACAUGCUCCCCGAGAACUCCGUCAUGUACAUUGGCUGUGUCGGUAAGGACAAGUACGCCGAUAUCCUCAAGGAGGCCUGCAACCAGGCUGGUGUCCACACCGAGUAUCGUGUGGACGAUAUCCAGCCCACCGGCAAGUGCGGUGUCAUUAUCACUGGUCACAACCGUAGCAUGUGCACUCACCUCGCUGCGGCAAACGAGUACAAGAUUGACCACUUGAAGCAGCCUCACGUCUGGUCUCUUGUCGAGAAGGCUCAGUACUACUAUGUUGGUGGAUACCACCUGACAGUCUGCGUCCCUGCCAUUUUGGCCCUUGCCGAGGAGGCUGCUGCCAAGAACAAGGUCUUCAUGCUUUCUCUUUCCGCCCCCUUCAUUCCUCAGUUCUUCAAGGACCAGCUUGACAGCGUCCUGCCCUACACCGACUACACUUUCUGCAACGAGACAGAGGCUCGCGCCUACGCCGAGAGCCACGAAUGGAAUACAGAUGAUGUCGUCGAGAUUGCGAAGAAGCUCGCUCAGCUUCCCAAGAAGAACACCAGCCGUCCCAGAGUUGCUAUUGUCACCCAAGGCACUCUGCCCACGAUCACUGCUACCGUUAAACCAAACGGCGAGGUUGAGGUCAAGGAGUUCGCUGUGCACGAGAUCCCCAAGAGCAGCAUCAACGACACUAACGGCGCUGGUGAUGCGUUCGCUGGCGGCUUCUGCGCCGGUGUUGUCCAGAACAAAUCUCUUGAGGAGAGCAUGGAUAUGGGCCAGUGGCUCGCCAGUUUGAGCAUUCAAGAGCUGGGACCUUCUUUCCCCUUCCCCAAGAAGACCUACACCCCCAGCCGCUCAUAGAAUACCAACUACCUCUAAUAUGGACGCCCGGCAAGCCAUAGGGGCUAUUGCGAGCUUGCAGCAUAAAAAUAUUUCUGGAUGAUUCAACCCUCUAUACCCAUUUGUCCUUGACUUAACGUCUUAGACUUCUUUUUUUCUUUCCAAGAUCACUUCCUCCAAAGAUCGCGUACAACACAGCGCAGGUUUACGAGUUAGGGUACCGUUAAUACGCGGAAGCCGCGGGCUGGUGACGUUCUCAACAACGAUGUAAUGAACGAACCUUUCGGUCUUAUAUAUACGCAAAAUUCAAGAAAUAGAAAUGAGCCGUGGAUUCAAGUCCCUUGCUUUGAGCUAGACGUGACAGAAAUUUGACGAUGUUGGCAUUCGAAUUUCAUAUAACUCUCUCCUAACAAAUGGUAAUGAGGAGGCUAAUCAAUUUCCAUAAUGCUGAAAGCACUC